AUGAAUUUUUGUGAUGUUCAGCAGUCAAGUUCUGGUUAUAAAUCAGCUGGUCAAUCUCAAAUUCUUAGGGAAUUCUCAUCACUUAAAAUAAAUGACCAGCGUCAUUACUGUGCUCCUGGUACUAGAUUGAAUGACAAACCAAAAACUCAACUCUGGAAAGUAAGCAAUGCAGCACAUAUGAAAGAAAAGUGCAACAUACGUGGAGUACUUGAAGCCACGGCUCAUAUAUCUCGUGGUCCUCGGGGAGUGGGACAAAUGAGAAAAAUUGUUUCAGAUUUACCGGCUGUGGAUAAAUGGAAGUGGCUCUCAGUACAGAGAGAUGAUUAUAACCUACAAGAUUUUCAGACCAAAUAUGAUAAUGCCAAAUUUUACAUCAUCAAAGCAGUUAGUGAAGAUGACAUACACAAAAGCAUCAAAUAUAAUGUUUGGUCGAGUACUCCUUAUGGUAAUAGCAAAGUAAACGCUGCUUUCCUUGAAACACAAGACGAAACAAGUGAAGUGGAUACUGCUUGCCCAAUUUUCCUCUUUUAUUCCGUAAGGGUUACUGAAAGUGGGCAAUUUGUAGGCGUAGCUGAAAUGAUAGGAAAGGUGGACUUUGCCAAGGACCUGAACUUUUGGCAAACUGAUGACUGGAAUGGGUUCUUUCCAGUGAUGUGGCACAUAAUCAAGGAUAUCCCAAACACACGACUGAGGCACAUUACCAUUGAGAGAAACAAUAAGAAACCUGUAACACAUACCAGGGAUAUGCAGGAGAUUGGACUCCAACAAGGUUUAGAAAUGCUGAAGAUUUUCAAGGACUAUACUGCAACGACAUCAAUUCUGGAUGAUUUUAGCUUUUAUGAAAAGAGGGAGCAGUUACUUAUGGCGAAGAGGAAUAAACCUGCAAGCUACUGA